ACUAUCCAUUCCAGACUUCCCGUCGGCUGUCGUCUAUAGUCUGGACCUUGCACUUCCACUGGUAUAAAGGGUUUUCUGUAGUAAAAAACCUUUAGCUUUCCCGCCAUUAUCCUGCAAGUGACCCGGAACCACUGGCAGGAACCCUAGCUUCUUGAUCACCCGUGUAAGCUUGUCUGAUCUUACCCUUGAGAUUUAUGACCGUCUCAGUCCGUUGUGAUAAUGGUGAUUGUCCGCUCUAGAGAUGUACAAGACAUUGUUGAGAAGCUUUCUUCUGAUAAAGCCAAAGCUCGCGACGAAGGGAUCAAGUUGCUGAAUACUUGGUUAGAAGGAGAACGAUCAUUUAACUUCUGCAAAUUUCUUGGACAGGGUACUGCAAAGCUUAGACCUGAUGAAAUUCCUCACUCUGAAACAUGGCCUUUUCUUAUUUCUGUCCUUAUUCAAUCUACUUCAUUGGAAAUAUCCUCAAGCAAGCGGCGAAUGCCAAAAAUGGUUUAUGCAAAGACUCUUAGAGUGGUCGUGCAACGGGCAGAAGAUGCUAAGUAUUCAGGUAAAAUGCUUCCUUUAUCACAUGUGGUUAAACCCCUUUUUAGCCAUGUUUGGGAUGUCUUGAGCAAUGUCCCGAGCUUUCAGUCAGAAUAUGGUAUUAUACUUCGGCAUCUAUUGGCAGUCAAGGAUUAUGGUUUGCAAAUGAGGAAGCGCAUUUAUCAAAAUUUGGUGUUUCUCUACAUCGAGAAUGUUGAAACAAGCUUGAAUGGGAAUAAUACUCAUCACGUUUCAAAGGAGGAGGUUUUUCGGUACAUCCUGACACUUCAUUCACUUCUUGAAAAUCCUCCUGGUGACUACCCUGAUAAUCUUAGGGAAGGCAUUAUCAAGGGGUUUGUCAAGAUAUGCUCAUUUAUUAGGGAUGAAGGAAAGAUUUCACGCAAGCUUGUUGAGUGUAUUAAUUCAUAUUUGUUGAAUGAUGGACCAAAUUUGGGCUGUCGAUUGUUGGAGAUCCAUAAUGCCUUGCAGCAGUUUGUGUUCCGCUUCUGGCUGACAACACAUGAUCGAAUACUUAAGGAUGCACUUAUGUUCUAUGCAAGGUUACAGUUAAAUUUACUGAGGAGUGCUGAUGAUGGGUGUUCAUUGGUAGAACAACUUUUGGAUGUGGUUUGUAAGGAUCUUGAUCAGGGUAGUAUGUCUAGUUCUUCCAUGCCUUGGGGUGAUGGAACUAAAGAUGAUAGAUUUGGAGCUUUGAGUAGCUCACACUGUGGAUUGGUGGAACUUGCGGCAGUUCUAUUUUAUAGGGCUUGCCUUAAUACAACACAAGUCAUACUAACUGAAAAACGAGUUAAGAAGGAGCCAGCUGCUGUGCUUCUACGGGAUGCACUCAUACAUGGUAAAUGGUUAUGGGGUGCUGCAUUUUGUUGUCUCACUCGAAACUACCAUUCCCGCAUCAGUAAGGAUCUUUUCUUGUACUGGUUUGAAGGCAUCUGGAUGAGCUUUGACAGAAUUCUGAAUUCGGCAAAUCUGGAGCAUGCUUAUGAUGGAUUGUUGUGGACUCUGCGGAGUUUGCAGGAGCUUUCCUUGGUCCUGUUGCAUCCAAAUAUAACGCUGGAGAUCUCAUCUAUGUCAUCUUCUACCUUAAAUGAGUUCAUUAAUGGCUGGCAACUAAUUUGGAAUACCACAGUACAUGGGUUGCCAAUAUACAGCAAUAUAACUGCUAUUGUUGAUGCUGCUUUGGUGCUUCUUGGUAACAUAACCUCAAAUGAUGUAAUAAAUGCGUGUGUAAUACCCCAAGAUGUCUGGGAUCUUCAAUUGUUUAAGAGGCCACCGUCAAUGCCUACCUUGUAUUUCUUCAUAUGUUACUUUUCGAGGAAGAAUUCUCACGUUGACCUCAGAGAUAUUUUGCAUUUAAGGAAGAACCUUCUAAGAGCAGCUUUGAGUCAUCUUAAUUGGAAGGGAUCCUUAACAUCAAAGGAACGGAUGGUUUUAUUGCUCCCUCCUGCUGUGUAUGCUCUUUGUACUGGUCAGGCUCCUUUUACACAAUGCUUUAAAGAAUUUCCUUUAUCAUCCUGCUCUUUGGAUAUUCCUGAGGCUCUAGAUGACUGUCAUAAGAUAGAAAACCCUAAACACCAGAGUCUACAUGAUUUUUUGGAUUGCUCUGUUGAAGCUCUAACCAAGAUUGACAGCGGUUCUAAAGCUGAGGUUUUCAAAUUGCUAAGCAAUCCUGUAGUGCAUCUGCCUCGGGAAAUAAGUGAUCAGCUAUUGCUUGAAAUGGAGACCUCCAUUCUUGGCUCUCUAGUGGUAGAAGAGAUAAAAGAGAGACAAUUACCUGAUAUUUUCUUCCAAUGUUCUCUUUUGUCAAACCUACUCUAUGGGUCAUUUUCCACUAGGAAAGCAAAUGUUGUAUUUCUCUCAAAAUUAAGCCAGUACGUACUAUUGUUGCUUGAUCAUGCUGUCAACAUUAUUCAACAAGACAACGAUUUCCGGUCCCUCAGUUGCCUAAGUAAUGAUUCUGCUUGUGAUGAAACAAGAUCUGUUGUCGCUUCUAUCCGAAGCUUUCUUUUUUCUCCUCUAUUUAAUGAGUGGAGAUAUCAAAAUGCUAUGGAGUUUGUCUCAUUUGGAGAGGUUAUCCAAUAUGUGGAGAGACUCUUGAAAGCACUUGUUAAAUUAUACCAAGAUUAUUCUCAGCGUAUAAUAAAUGUCCAGUCUGAGGUAAUUGUCCAAGACGUAGCUGCAACUGAUGGUAUUCAAAGUUCUUUGCUAUGUGAUAGCAGCAAAAUUAGAAUUAUGGAUGUGGAACUGGAUGUUAACGAUGAUUCUGUAGAUGUGGAUAUUUUGACAGCUGGGAAAAAUAUUACCAGUGGCAUUACGUUUUCUGCUGAGAAAUGGAAAAUGGGCAUGGUAUCACUUAUUGCCUGUUUCUUCUGUGUUUCACAAGUUAUUACAUGGGAUAUGCUGUUCAAUUUAUUGGAGGAUGAAUCUGAUCCUAAGGUCAGAGGAAAAAUAUUGCACCAUCUCUGUCAGCAUCCUCACUGGUCAUCUUGUACAAAGUUUGUACAAUUGGUCAAUCUAAUGAAUGAUAUGAUUGAAGAGCAUGUUAGAAUGAAAGCUGAUUGUGGUAAUGUACUGGGUGCUGCCCGUUCUUUACUGUCUACUUUGUCAUCGUUGGAUGCAGCUGGUAAAGAAAACUAUGGCCUAUAUUUGAGGGGAGAUGAAACUAAACAGUGCUUUCAAUUACUAGGAAAUUUGGUGCAAAAAGUUGCUGAAUUGGAUCUUGAUUGGUUUGGACGCAUGGCACUGGUUGAUUGCAUCUGUGAUCUUGUUCUACUGAGUCCCAAAUCGGCCAGACUAUGAUAGAGAGGUUGCUUAUGAUGCUCCAAGAUAAGGAUUUUCGAGUUAGGCUAUUCUUGGCAAGAAGGAUUGGUGUUCUUUUCCAGACAUGGAGUGGUCAUGAAGAGCUAUUCCAAGACAUUUG